GCCGAUCGCGCAUGAAACAGAGGGGAGUCGGAGAAAUAAGAUGAAAAGAGUGUCAAGUAACCGUCUGCCGCUCCACAUUCUGCCGUGCCCCACCGCCCCCUGGCUGGAGACACGCAGCAUCAACGCAAUCCCGCCUCGCAUGAUCUGGACUCGUCAGGAGGCUGCUUGACUGCCGUCUAUCUCAUGUGCAUUGGACUGUUAUCAGAAGUAACUGCUUUGUCUUGAUACUGCACGCUCUCCGUCAUCAUGGAACAGCAACCGCUCCAGCCGCAGCAGGGCGAACUGAACUGGCGCCUCAGUGCUCACCCGAUUACCCUCCUGUUCUUCCUGGGCUUUCGCAUCAGCGCCCUACUGAUGUACCUCUUCGGCGUGCUCUUCAUCAAGAACUUUGUCCUCGUCUUCAUCAUCACCCUCCUCAUCCUCUCCGCCGACUUCUACUACCUCAAAAACAUUGCCGGUCGUCGCCUGGUCGGUCUCCGCUGGUGGAACGAAGUCAACACUUCCUCCGGCGACUCCACUUGGGUCUUCGAGUCCUCCGAUCCCACUACCCGCACUAUCACUGCCACGGACAAGCGCUUCUUCUGGCUGAGUCUGUACGUGACGCCUGCGCUGUGGAUCGGUCUUGCCAUUCUGGCCAUUAUCCGUCUGAGCAGUGUGAUUUGGUUGAGUCUUGUUGCCAUUGCUCUCGCUCUGACUAUCACCAACACUGUUGCGUUCUCCCGGUGCGAUCGCUUCAGUCAGGCUUCGACGUUCGCGAAUAGUGCGCUUUCGGGUGGGGUUAUGAGUAACCUUGCGGGAGGUCUGCUGGGCAGGCUUUUCAAGUAGGGUGUAUGUCUUUGAAAUAGGAUUAUGCUGGGGUUCAUACGGGAUGUGGACCUCGGGCGGUCUGUUUUGUCUUUGAUUUGUUCUUUUGAGUGGGAUUGAUGAGUGUAGUGGGUUUGUCCGGGGAAGAAGGAGUAGGUUGGCCUAGGGGAGAGGAGCUUUUGUUUUGUCGGUUAUACUCUACUAGCGUUAUGGGUUAGAUUUCAUUGUAUUGUAUCAUUUGUUACUGCUGGUAUGUUCAAGGUAGUCUCU